GGUACAUUUCCACAUCACUUUACAGCAGUCACUGGCAUUACAAGUAGUUUGCAGCGCACAUCUCACCGUGCUCGGUCUGUGAUGAGUUUGUUCCGACCGAGCUCUGUCCUAUCGUUACUUUUCUUGCAAAUAUUACUACAAUGUGAAGCUAGAAGAGGACCCAGAGGAGGGCCACUUAUGCACGUUCCUCGAUCCAUAUUAUCAAGAGGACCACUACCUUUUGGCCCUAUGAAAGGACCUGUAAGUGGGCCUGGAGGACCACCGAUGGGGUUACCACCUAUGAAACCACCGAUGCCCAAAAUGCCCUUACCAUUAUUGCGCCCUGGACGCGUUCCAGCGAUUGCUCCUCGACCUCCCAGCAUACCAAUGAGAAGUCCUGCGAAUGUGCCGCUCCCAUCGAUGAGAGGACCCGUUGGAGGACGCCCAGUACCAAGGCCAAUUAUACCACCCAAAAUAGUAACGCCGGGAUCAGUACCCAGACCCGUCGUGCCAGGACACACAGUAGUAACACCAGGAGUAAGACCAACAACACCAGUAAGACCGGUAACACCAGGAGUAAGACCAGUAAUACCAGGAGGAGGCGGUAAUGGAGGAAGCAUAAUAGUUAGGCCAGGAGGAGGAGGCGGAAUACCAGGUGGUGGACAAGGAGGAUUACCAGGACGUGGAACCGGUACUGGAGGAAAUGGAGGGACUGUAAUAAUUAGACCUGGUGGAGGAUCAGGUGUAUUGCCAGGAGGUGGAUCCGGUACUGGUGGAAGCGGAGGAACAAUAACAAUAAGACCAGGAGGAGGAUCAGGAAUACUGCCAGGAUUUAGACCAGGAGUAAUACCAGGAGGUGGAUUCGGUGGUGGAGGAAUUGGAGGAGGAAUACUUAGACCAGGAGGAGGUGCAGGAUUCAUACCAGGAGGUGGGUCAGGUGGUGGAGGAAUCGGAGGAGGAUCAGGUACUGGAGGAAUUGGAGGAGGAUCAGGAACUGGAGGAAAUGGAGGAGGAUUUGGUGGAGGAGGAGGAGCAGGUGGAGGAGGAGGAGCGGGAGGAGGAAGCGUAGCUGGAGCUGUAGCAGGAACUCAAUUCAGCAGCGGUCGCGACAGCGGUGGCUCAGGUUUCUACAGUGGUAGUGGUUAUGUGUAUGAUGACACGGCCGGUAUAAUAAGUACGGUAUUCGAUGGAGUUACGAAUGUAGUAGGAGCGGCCACUGGAACGAACACUUACGGAUACAAUGGAUACCUAAACACUGAGCAGAUGGAUCCUGCCACACUUGAGCAAUACGCACAAUUAUUAGCACUGCAAAAGCUACAGGAAUCGCAGAAUUCGCAGAGCAUGCAAAGUACGCAGACGCAGACUGCACUAGUCCAGCAGGCUGCACAAGUCCAGCAGACUGCACCACAGGCUGCGCAAACUGUACAGUACACAGUUGACAACAGUCAGCAGGCACAGAGUGUGCAGGUUGGACCUUGCAUUGCGACGUAUUCGUACACCAGUGCAGAUGGCAAAAAUGUCUUCAAAUGCGAUUGCACUGGAUAUGGGACCUCAUAUCAGUACGAUACCUGUUUGCCGGGUGCUACAUCCCAAACCCAAACGCGGGCUUAAAGUUGCUGAUCUCAUGAACAUAGAUUGUCUAUACUUAGUUUACCUUGCUGGCUUUACAAGGCUAUGCAAUUUGUUAUCAUGUACAGUUAUGUAGGGACCUCUGUUACUUGACAAUUGCAUGCAUUGCAUUUUUUUGUGUCAGGAAUAAAGUACAGGGAACUAUU